CCGAUUUGUCAUUUGUAUUUUGAUGAUUUGUGUAUGAAUAAGAGUUAAAUUGAAUGAAUUCGAAUGAAUCAUUAGAAAAUAUCAAUUUAUUUAAUCUAAAAAAAAUCUUUUUUAAAAUCAUAUCUUUAGUCUUUUUGUCAAAACGUUCACUUGAAAAUCAGUUUUGUCUUUAGAGUUUUAAAGAAAGUUAACUAAAAUCACACUAAUAUAAUGGACACGUACGAAAGUGUGUUGCUUGUUAAAAAUGAAGUUUUUGUGUUUAAAAUACCUCCAAAAACAACGAACCGAGGAUACAGGGCAGCUGAUUGGAAUUUACAAGAACCACAAUGGACGGGGCGUAUGCGUUUAGUUGCGAAAGGAGACGAGUUAGUAAUGAAGCUAGAAGAUAAAGCAUCUGGCGAAUUAUUUGCGAAAUGUCCAAUUGAUAAAUAUCCUGGUGUCGCACUUGAGGCUGUCACGGACAGUUCACGAUAUUUUGUUGUCAGGAUACAGGAUGAUAAUGGAAGAAGUGCCUACAUCGGUCUAGGUUUUGGUGAUCGGUCAGAUUCUUUUGACUUAAAUGUGUCACUGCAAGAUCACUUUAAAUAUAUUAAAAAAGGUCAAGAGACUGAUGAAGGAUCUCAACAACAACUAGACUUGAGUUUCAAAGAAGGUGAAACUAUCAAGAUAAAUAUGAAGAUAACGAAAAAGGAUGGUAGUGAGGCUAGUAGGCCACGGCGCACAGGAGGUGGGUCUGUAGGUCUACUACCGCCUCCUCCAGGUGGCUCCAAACUCCCACCACCGCCCUCUCCCCAACAUGUACCAACGCCAGCUACUGCUGGUACUGAAUGGGGAGACUUUAACUCUGCUGGAGCCACAAGCCAAAAGCCAACAACACCCGCUAAUCAACAGAACUGGGUACAAUUUUGAAAAUGUCUAUUUCUGAAUUUAUACGUUGAUUUCUGUAAAGUAUAGAGUUGCAAUGCACAAUACUUACGUAAAUUACUUAAUAUAUUUUAAGACAGUUAGCCAGUUAGUUUGCAAAAUCAAGUUAUUCUCUCAAGCAAUAACGUAAUUUAGUCUGAAACAUAACCAUUAUUCAUAGAAAAAUAUGUUUUGUCACAUUCAUUAGGAAUUAAAUGUUGAAAGAAAACACCUAUAUCCAAUAUGGUUUAAGCAUUUUAGUUUU